AGUUUCAGGACUUGCACUCUGAGAUCAAUGAGGGAGGAAGGAGGGGGGCACUCACUUCUGCCUUCACUUCUCUCUUCCAGGAAGGAAAACAGAAAAAAAAAAAAAAAACUGAAAUCCAGAAACACAAGAAACAGAAACCUCCAUAGGAUCCUGCACCCUGGACCCCUGCACCCCAACUCCUGCUGUGUGGGGGACAAUGUGCUAACUUGUGAGAGUCAGAGGGGGGUGAUGGCACCCGGGAUGUGCCCCCCCUGAUCACCGCAGCCAGAAGACGGAUGCUUUCCUCCUUCCUGGCCAUGUCUUCUGCACAGUUUGGUAUUAAGCAGGAACAGAUUUCAUACUCUCCUCCUGAAAGCCCCGGACAAAAUUGUGCCACAGCAUCCCCCUCAUCUCUCCAUGUCUCCGGGCCACGCACAUACAGGAUGGAAGAGGAUCCCGUCAGACUGCCGGCACACCUACGUCUCCCACCUUCUCAUUGGUCUCGGGAUGACCUGUCUCAGUGGCUACGCUGGGCUGAAAACGAAUUUGCUCUGCAUCCUAUAGAGAAUAAUACAUUCGAGAUGAACGGCAAAGCCCUUCUGCUCCUCACCAAGGAAGAUUUCCGAUACCGCUGUCCGCACUCAGGUGAUGUCUUGUACGAGGUUCUGCAGCACAUCCUGCGACAGAGGAAACCCCGACCGUUUCCCCCAUCUGUUUUUCACACUGGAAAUUCUAUCCAAAGUCACCCUGAUAUUAUUCUCCCCCACAACCACCAUGAUGAUCAAAUUCAGCACAGACCUCCCAGAACGCCCUCCGACAUCCACCCACAGAAUACUCCUACUAUAGAGCUGCGCCAUCGAUCCCACUCACCCCUCUCCACCAACCAUCACCCAUCUCCAGAUGCUGAAACCCGCCCACUGCGUUCGCCCAUGGACAGCAACCUGCGCCGCCCGUCCCCUGCCGAUAGACUCCACCGAUUGCAAAGUGAAGGCAACCACCACAAUCAGGAUACCUACCCCUUAUCGGUGUCUCCUGCCGAAGCCAACCACUGUCCCAAUGAUACCCUUCCCAAACCCAGCAGCCCGCGGCAGGAGAACCCACGUGUCAUCCAGCUCAUGCCAAGCCCCAUUAUGCACCCGCUGCUCCUUAAUUCUCGGCAUCCUGUGGAGUUUAAGCAGCCGAGGUUAGGAGCAGAUGAUGGGCAGCAGCGUGAGACCAAACCUAUGAACUUAUCCCACCGUGAGGAGAUGGCGUACAUGAAUCAUGUCAUGGUGUCCAUCUCUUCCUCCGAGGAACAGACCAUUCCCAUGGGAAGGAUAGCCGAUUGCCGGCUGCUCUGGGAUUAUGUGUAUCAGCUCUUGUCUGACACGAGAUAUGAGAACUUUAUUCGCUGGGAAGAUAAAGAGUCAAUGGUUUUUCGAAUCAUGGACCCCAAUGGUCUGGCACGACUCUGGGGCAACCACAAGAACAGAACAAACAUGACUUAUGAGAAGAUGUCGCGGGCACUUCGCCAUUACUACAAGCUUAACAUCAUCCGCAAGGAACCUGGGCAGAGACUACUCUUCAGGUUUAUGAAGACACCGGAUGAGAUUAUGAGUGGCAGGACAGAUCGGCUGGAACAUCUGGAAUCUCAGGAGCUGGACGAAACAAUGUAUCAGGAGGAUGAUUGCUGAACUUUGAUCUUUGUUUCCUAUAUACUGCGAGUGUGAAGUUGCUGGUGCAGGUGGAGGUAUCCCAUGGACUGGAAUUGUAUAGUCUACCUGCAACGCUAGCUGAACAAGUGGCUGCCCCUGCACCAGCCUAAACAGACUUUUAUUGGUAACGAUGGGAGUGAAUUGGCAUAAUAUGGCCACUUUCUGGUACUGUGAGGGCGACAUUGUGUGUGGUGUUUAUGCCAAGACUAGUGAAUAGGUUUUAUGUUGUAUAUUGAUGCAUUUUCGGAAGUAUUUGCACUGGAGAAAGAUGCCACAGAUAACGAACUGUGACCAGGUUCACCAUGCUGGGACCAGCAGGGUCCUUGUGACUUCAGGACAAAACUUUCUUCAAUCUUUUGUAAAAAUUGUAAAUUGCACUAGUGUCAUUUUAACUAUGCUUGAUUUUCCUUUACUUACACUAAUGCUGAUGCAAUUUGCAGCAUCAUGGAUGAUGUCAUCACUAUCUUUGUAAUUACAUCAUCACUUCUCGUCUGCACAUGCAGCAUUACUUCCUGUUUACACUCAGCCUUUUGGUCUCCACCGUUGAGCUUGUGUAUUUCUUUAAAGUAAAAAAAUAUAUAUGAUACUGAAAAGAAACCUUAAAAGGAACCUGUGACCGGGAUUUUGUGUGUAGAGCUGAGGACCUGGGUUGCUAGAUGGCCGCUAACAC